AUGGGUCUCCGGAAGCGCUUGGUUCUCCGCUCCGAGAGCGAGGCGCUCGGGACCGAAGGCGGCCGGCUAUCCAAUAAGGACAUGGACCCGAUCCCGCUGGGCUCGCCGGAGCGCACCUGGGGCUGGCCGAGCUUGCUCGGGUUCUGGAUCGCUGAAGCCUUUUCCAUUUCCAUGUAUCAAGUCUCGUCGACGUCGGUAUCGAAAGGCCUUAACCCGGGAUUCGCCAUCCUCGCCGUCUUCAUCGGCCACGUCUUGGUCUGCGUCCCGGCCAUGCUCGACGGAUACGUCGGGUGCUAUCUCGGCAUCAACUUCCCGGUUCUGACACGAGCGUCGUUCGGCAUCCGCGGUUCGUACGCGGCGGUGUUUGUUAGAGGUGUCGUCGCUUGCAUCUGGUUCGGCACGCAGUCGUUCCAGGGCGGCCAGUGCCUGCAAGUCAUGAUCGCGGCCAUCUGGCCCUCGUUCGACAACUUUCCAAACCACCUCCCGGCGAGCGCACACGUCACCAGUGCCGAGCUGUUGUGCUUCUUCUUGUUCAUCAUUGUCCAGCUGCCACUGCUUUGGCUGCAUGUCAGCAGUUUGAGGUACAUGUUCAUGGUCAAGACUGUCAUCAUGCCCAUAUUUGGUCUGACGUUGUUCAUCUGGGCUCUUGUUGCCGCCAAGGGCUUCGGGCCAACCUUCUCGAAACCUACCGUCAUCAAGGACGGCACGCCCGCCGUCGUCGUCUUCUUCCAAUGUAUCACGAGUGCCAUCGGCCCCAAGGCAACCCUCGCCCUGAACAUGCCAGACUUCACUCGCUACGCCAAGGAGCCUCGACAGGUAUUCUGGACCCAGGCCGUAGGUUUGGUCAUUCUCGUCACCAUGUGCGGUGUCCUCGGCGCCACAGUCAGCAGCGCUUCCGAGGUCAUCUACGGCAAGGUCACCUGGAACCCCCUGGAAGUCGCUCGUCUCUGGAACAACCGCGCCGCGCAGUUCUUCGCGGGCCUGUGCUGGGCGUUUGCGGUCAUUGGGACCAACAUCAGCGCCAACAGCGUGUCUUUCAGUAAUGAUCUGUCUCUUUGGUUUCCAAGAUACAUCAACAACAGACGCGGAGCGUACAUUUGUGCCAUAUUUGGUGUUUGUGCCGUGCCUUGGUACAUCCAGUACAGCGCCAAGUCCUUCUCCUCUUUCCUUGGAGGAUAUUCUCUUUUUCUCGGUGCCAUCGCCGGCGUCAUCAUCUGCGACUUUUGGAUCUGCCGCAAGCGUCAAGUCCAUGUUUCGUCGCUCUACGACCCCAGGGGCAUCCAUUACUACACUCUCGGCGUCAACCCGAGAGCCGUCGUUGCCUUCAUCCUCGCCAUAGUGCCCAACAUGCCCGGCCUGGCGGCUGCAUGCGGUGCGAAAGGGGUUCCCAAGGGUGCAGUGUAUUUGUACAGCUUAAGCUGGCUGGUCAGCACUCUUAUUGCGGGUAUCACCUACUGGACUUGCUGGAAGAUCUGGCCUUUCCCGGUCGACGAGACCAAUGGAGAUUUGUUCAUUGAGAGCCAGGCCCCGAGAGACGAGGAGGACGUAGGGCUGGAGAAGGAUGUAGAAGCGAAGCACGACAUCAAAUGUUGA